CCUGGAGAAUAAAACACGAGGAACAAGGAGGCCUGAUGAAAGUGAAAGAAGAAACACAUGAUCUGAAUGAGGUGGAGGAGAAACAUCAGGAUCAGAAAGAUCAUGAUGUCAAAGAAGAAAAACCAGUGAGUUACAGCAUUCAAAUAACAGAAGUCAAAAAGCCUUUCAGCUGCUCUCAGUGUGGAAACACAUUCAAACAGAAAGGAAGCCUUAUGAAACACGUGAGAAUUCAUAAUGGGGAAAAGCCUUUCAGCUGCUCUCAGUGUGGAAACACUUUCACGUGUAACGAAAACCUUAAGAAUCACAUGUUAAUUCAUGCUGGAAUAAAGCCUUUUACCUGCUCUCAGUGUGGAAAGAGUUUUACAAAAAAAAGGCAACUUAAGGACCAUUUGGUAACUCACACUUCAGAAAAGCCUUUCACCUGCUCUGAGUGUGGAAACACUUACACACGGAAAACAAACCUUAAGAAGCACAUGUUAAUUCAUACUGGGAUAAAGUCUUACAGAUGCUCUCAGUGUGGAAAUAGUUUUACACAGAAAGGACACCUUAAUGAUCAUUUGGUAACUCACUCUUCAGAAAAGCCUUUCAGCUGCUCUCAGUGUGGAAAGUCUUUCACACGUAAAGGAUACCUUAAGACUCACAUGUUAAUUCAUGCUGGAAUAAAGCCUUUUUCCUGCUGUCAGUGUGGAAAGAGUUUCAUAUGUAAAGGAAUCCUGAGGAAUCACAUGUUAAUUCAUACUGGGAUAAAGUCUUUCAUCUGCUCUCAGUGUGGAAAGAGUUUUACUCAGAAAGGACACCUUCAGAAUCAUUUGGUAACUCACUCUACAGAAAAGCCCUUCAUCUGCUCUCAGUGUGGAAAGUCUUUCACACGUAAAGGAUACCUAGAGACUCACAUGUUAAUUCAUGCUGGUUAA